AUGCUGCUGGGCCCUGAGGUGGACUCCAGAGCCCCUGUCACUGGACCUUCGGGUGGAUUGGUGCGAGCGCUUGUCAGUGGAGCCUGGGAGUGCGCCUAGUGUUGGAUGGAGUAUGGCAUCCACCUUCCCUGCCCGUCACCAGAGCGCAGCCCACAGGACCCCUGUGUGGGGAAGGACGGGGUCGGCAGUGGGCGUUCCCAGAGGCCUCGGGCCUGGAAGUGAAGACCAGGGGUCACUCCCGAAGGCUGGACGUCGGAGAUCAGCGCGGCCGCUGGGCCCUUGGGCCGCAUGGCAGGGCCCAGUGCCUCCAGGGCCAAGAAGAGGAAACCCAACUUCUGCCCGCAGGAGACGGAGGUCCUGGUGGCCAAGGUCAGCAAGCACCACGAGCUGCUGUUCGGGACAGGACUGCUCAAGGCAGAGCCGGCACGCAAGUACCGCGUGUGGAGCCGCAUCCUGCAGGCGGUCAACGCGCUGGGCUACUGCCGCCGUGAUGUGGUGGACCUCCAGCACAAGUGGAGGGACCUGCGGGCCGUGGUGCGGCGCAAGCUGGCCGAGCUGCACAAGGUGGUCCCUGGACCCACUGCGGGCAAGCCCCAGGCCCUGAGCCUCACGCCCGUGGAGCAGGUGGUGGCCAAGACCUUCUCCUGCCAGGCCCUGGCCCCCGAGGGCACUGGCCCCGAGCUGCCCAGAGCUGCCCCAGUGGACUCGAGUGAGCUCCAGGAACUGUUCCAGGUGGCAUCAGCUGGUGUCUUCCGCAUCAACGCCAAUGUGACCUCUUUGGAGAGGAACCUCCGGUCUCUGGGGACUCCGAGUGACACCCAGGAGCUGCGGGACACCCUGCACACAGUGCAGCAGGAGACCAAUGCCACCAUCACAGCCAGCACUGGCGCCAUGAAGCAGCUGUCGGAGCUCCUGCGAGGCUCUUCCCGGCAGGAGCUGCUUCAGCUGGACCGUCUGAAGAACCAGCUCUCGGAUGCCAUCCAGCGCUAUGGGGUCGUGCAGAAGAAAAUUGCAGAAAAGUCCAGAACACUGCUUCCUGCAGCCCAGAGGGGCGGCAAACAGCAGAGUCCCCGGGCGCCGUUUUCUGAGCUGGCCGAUGACGAGAAGAUCUUCAAUGGCGGGGACGGCCUGUGGCAGAGCCAGGGACAGGAGCAGGAGCAGGCACUGCUCUCAGAGCUCACGGAGGACGACCUGGAGGCCAUCCGCCUGCGGGAGGAGGCCAUCCUGAAGAUCGAGAGUGACUUGCUUGAUGUGAAGCAGAUCAUCAAGGACUUGGCCUCCAUGGUGUCGGAGCAAGGAGAAGCCAUGGACAGCAUUGAAGCCAGCAUCGAGGCCGCUUCCUCGCAUGCAGAGUUGGCCCGGGAGCUCCUGGCAGGAGCCAGUCGGCACCAAGAAGGCAUGCCCCAGACCUUCCCUGAGCAGCCAGGCUGCUUCCAGCCCUGGACCCGCGGCCAGGCUGCAGGGGCUGGCCCGGCCAGUGACCUGCAGGCCCCCUGUCCCCACUGCGACCUGUCCCCGCCGAAGCUCUGUCCCCACUGCGGCCCCAUCCCCACCGUGGCCCCAUCCCCGCCGAAGCUCUGUCCCCACUGCGGCCCCGUCCCCACCGUGGCCCCAUCCCCGCCGAAGCUCUGUCCCCACUGCGGCCCCGUCCCCACUGUGGCCCCAUCCCCGCUGGAGCUCUCUCCCCGCCACAGCCCCGACCCCAUUCCUGCCGUGGCCCCAUCCCCGCCGGAGCUCUCUGACGAGGAGGAUGAGGUGCCUGGCUGCCUGUGGACACCCCCUCGUGCCCUGGAUGGGCCCAAUGUGCCUGAGCCCGACCCCCUGGACCUUCGAGGAGCCUUCCCUGCACCCACCAUCUCGCCCUCCCCACCUGCGUCCCCUGCCUCCGCCCCAGCUUCUGUGGCCUUUGUGGGAUCUUUCCGAACCUCCCCGCCAUCCUCAGGCCCUGCGCCCCCUGGGAAGCCAGCCGCUGAGGUGACAGAGUUCGAGCAGCGGCUGCUGGACUCACACCGGCGGCAGGGUGCCCUGCUGGCCUCCUGGUGUCAGCAGCAGAGCUCCCUGAUGGCCCAGCAGAAUGUGCUCCUGCAGCGACUGGCUGAGCAGAGCCAGCGGCUGGCGGACGGGAUCGAGGCCCUCAGCCGGACCCUUGAGCGGCUGGUGGAAGCACGCCCUGGCCGGGGAGCCUCACCCUCCGUCUUGGACAGUGCCCCGGCUGUGACUGCGGCCCGUGGGCCCACCCAGGGCGCCCAGCCCAGCCCCCAGAGUGCCCCUGCGGGUCUGGAGGUCUUCUCUGGGAUGAUCCUGAAGGUGGAAGAGGAGGCCUAG